ACCGGUUUGUCAUUGUCAAUAAAUACGACCCACCUAAGAUUUGCAUUUGGAAUUUCUUACUAACAAACAGGAAAAUUAUUUUAAAGAAUUUUUAAGACAUUUUUGCUGCGACAGAAGUUGAGUUCUCUUUUCAUAAAAAUAUGUCUGUUUGGACUCCGUUAGAAUCAAACCCCGAAGUAUUGACCAAAUACAUACACACAUUUGGGGUUAGGAAGGAAUGGAUAAUCACUGAUGUAAUGGGACUGGAACCUGAGAUGUUGGAAUGGAUACCGAGCCCAGUUAAAUCUAUUAUAUUAUUGUUCCCUUGUUCUGAAACGUAUGAGAAACACCGUGAUGAGGAGCAGAAACGCUUAGCCGAAGAAGGGCAAACUCUUCCCAAUGAUUUGUUUUAUAUGCGACAGUUCACUCAUAAUGCUUGCGGAACAAUAGCUCUCAUUCAUAGCAUAGCCAACAACAAAGAAAUUAUGUUGGACGAUGGCAUUCUGAAAGAUUUCUUAGAAAUGUCGAAGGAUAUGACACCAGAAGAACGGGGAAAGGCCUUAGAAACUGAUAGAGCCCUACGCGAAAGUCAUCAAGCUUUAGCCCAGGAAGGCCAGACAGUUGCUGAUCCUAAUGAAGAAGUUUAUCAUCAUUUUAUCGCUUUUGUUAACAAAAAUGAUACUUUAUAUGAGCUUGACGGACGUAAGAUGUUUCCGGUUAAACAUGGUGCUACGAACAAUGAGUCUUUUCUUCAAGAUGCUGCUCGCAUUUGCAAAGAAUUUAUGGCUCGUGAUCCACAAGAAUUACGCUUCACUGUCCUUGCUUUAAGUGCUGCUACGAAUUAAUCCUUAUUUCUUUUAUAGUUUGAGUAAAUUCGCUGUCCACGUAAUAGGAAUUUGCUUUCUUUAACGUGCUUUAAUACUUUAAAACUUGCCUAACCUAUGCUUUGAUUUCCAAUACUAAAUAAAUCAUCAGUUUUAUGAAUUCCUUGAA